AUGGCGAGUCUGGUGGGAUUGCAACGUAGUUUGAGCAGACUCUUAGUGAUAUGGGGAAGUAAUGGUACAGCCGACACAACCUUCAAUUUCCGAUUGGUGAAAUUUCGUUGGAGCAACGAAAGGAAAAAGGAAAGGAGAGAAUAUUGCCGCUAUUUGCUUGGGCUGAAGGUCAGAUUUGGAAUGGAUCUGCAUUGCUCAUACAAAAAGGGAGAGGAAAUGAAACUAAGAUACACCUAUAAGGAUGAUGAAAUGUCAUUCAUUCCAACCAUUACACUUCCUUCAAAGGCAGUAUCAUUUGCGUUCAAGCGUCGGUUCAGUCCAUCUGAUAAAGUGAGCUAUUGGUACAAUUUUGAUUCCAACUUCUGGAGUGCGGUGUACAAGCACACCUAUGGCAAAGACUUCAAAUUCAAAGCUGGUUAUGACUCAAAGGUGCAUCUAAGCUGGGCGUCUCUCUGGGUCGGUGACGAAAAGGGCAAGGCAAAAACAGCGCCAAUGAAGAUGAAAGUCCAGUUUAUGAUCCAAGUGCUACGAGGUGACAUCAAAUCACCGGCAUUAAUUUUCCAUGUUAAAAAGAGGUGGGAUAUAGAGACAAUAUUAGUGUGACAACUAGCUCUUCCUCCAUAUCUAACAUGUGACUUCUAUAUAGUAAUGGUACAUGGGCCAUUUUAAUGAUGCUUUUGCUACAUAUAACGACAUCAAUUUUUGUUUCCAUCUUCAAAUAAUUCUUUUCCCACUAGAAAUCAGGUGAUUCCCAUCUGGUUAUGUUGCCAAAACUACAAUGCUUCAGAGUAUUCUCCAAUUGACAGGAAGUAACAAAACCCAAUUCAUAUUUUUGUAUUCGUCCGCAGAAGCCUAUGCUUUUUCUGUAAUAUCUUUGAUACAUUUUGACAUUUUUGGUGCAAUCUUUUUUCUAGCCAAACUUGUUAUGUGCUUUCGAGGGUAAAAACUUAUGUAGGACGGAUGUACAUACAACGGGAAAUGAAGGAGUUCAUGUAUG